AGCGAUCAGGAUGGAUGUGGUGUGUAGUCAUCUGGAGAGGCUUGUGGAUGUGUUGAAGCCGCAGAUGGAGUUUUUAAAUUGCCACAUGGUGGAUUAUUUAGUCAAGGAUCAUUGGAGGACGUACAUUCCCAAUGAUGUGAGGAAGGAGAUGAAGAAUAUGUCGGAUUUGUUGGAAGCUAAGGAAGUGUUUUGGAACCAGUUCGAUUUGAAGUAUACCGGAGCGGAGCGGUUUCCUGCGUUGACUAGGCACAUCGAAAAGACGAAGAAUUACAGAUUGGAUGCGCUUCCUGGGGCAGCAAUGACUGUUGAUCAGCUGAGAGCGGAUUUCGAGGACUGUCUGAAGGAAACACGCCUGAAAAUGCCAGAAUUAAUGAGUGUUAAGAAACGUCACGAGGUGGAAAUAGCUUCGGCGGUCGUAGCUUCGCUGUGUACGGUGGUUGCCGGUAAGAACUCAGGUGAUGAUUUGAAUCGAGUGGCCGUCAUCGAUGCAGGCGAUGGCAAAGGAUAUCUUUCCUCCAGAGUGGCAUUGGAGCAUGGAGUCAAAGUACUUGGGAUCGAUUCCAACGAAGGGCAUACGGCCAGUGCGGAGAAGCGACGAGAUAAGUUGAAGAAAAAAGUUCGCAAAGCAGUGAAGAAGUCGGAUCUGGCCGAUGACCAAUAUUUCAAGGAUUUGGUGGAAAAUGAUGCAAGUACGGUGUCAAACUAUAAAACCACCACCAAACUGAUCGACUUUGAAACGAAUCUGAUUGAGUUGGUAAGGGAACAGUUCCCGGAUUCGAAUGCAACCCACUUCUGUUUGGCCGGACUGCAUACCUGUGGCAAUUUGGCCCCCAACUGUUUGAGAUUGUUCCACCAGAAUCCGCACAUCAAGGCCCUCUGUAACGUGGGCUGUUGUUAUCAUCUGCUAGUAGAGGAAUUUGUCGUUGACAAGUACUACAAUCGAGACAAGGUAAAGGACAAUCCUGGGGUGGGAUUUCCCAUGAGUGAAUUCCUACGAAGUAAAGGGUUCUAUUUGGGAAGAAAUGCUCGAAACUUGGCUGCGGAAUCGAUCGAACGGUCAUGCUUCAAUAGGGAGAAUCCAAGCGAGAAGCUGGGCUAUCGAGCGAUGUUGGAAAUCGUUCUGCUACAGCUGGAUGCUGAUGUGAGCAAGCAAGUAGGUAAGCUGAAAUGUACGGAUUUUGUAGAUUAUACGAGGAAAGCUUUGAAGAAAUUGAGCGUGGACGACUCAGAAGUUUCCGAAGAGCUUUUGAGAAAUUUGGAGUGUAAGUUUCAAGUAGAGCUAGAACAGCUGAAAGUAUUCUAUCUCUACCGAAUGCUGUACGCCCCCAUCCUGGAGGGUGUAAUUCUGCUGGAUCGCCUUCUCUUCCUGAAGGAAAGUGGCUAUGAGAACAGCUAUUUAGCGAAAUUGUUCGAUCCAGUGGUGUCUCCACGUUGUUACUCUAUUUUAGCGUUCAAAUAAAAAUGUUUUCAGGUGAAACAACAUAAU